GGAGUGUAUGUUGAUACGCUAUUGCAAGCUCAGGAUAAACUUUAUUCUAGAGUUGGGUGGUUUUACUCUUGGAAUAGAUAUUGGUUUUUGAUAGUCAGGCACAAAAGAAAGAGAGCAAUUAGUUAGCAAGUUGAAGUACAAAUUGUAUAAUUGUGAUCUAACGAUCAUGGACAAGAAAGUCGAAAGAACUCCUGAGGUGGAAGAGGCGGACAACUUUAUCAACGCCUUUCAAUUGCCAGGCAUGGGCAUUAAUCAGUGUAUACAAGAAUACGAGGACGCGGAGAAAGUGAAGCUCUACGAAAAGAUGGCCUCAAGGCUCAACUACAGCGGUCCACUCUACUGUGCUGACCUGUUGUCUGGUCUCAUCCAGGACAGAGCCAAUGCCUUGGUGUUGGACGUUGGUGCUGGGACAGGUUUUGUGGGUGAAGAGCUACACAAGCGAGGCUUCAGGAAAAUUGUAGCACACGACGGUGCUCAGGCUAUGCUGGACAUCUGCAGGGAGAAGAACGUCUACUCGUCCUUCAUCUGUAGUAUCGUUGACGAGGGCUACAAGUUCCCUGUGAAAAAUGACACGUACGACGCUGUGACCAUCAGCGGUGCUGUAUGUGAGAACCAUCUGCCACCAUCUUGUCAGGCAGAGUUCAUCAGGAUCACCAAGCCCGGGGGAUUUAUUAUUAACGUGUUCCGUGCGACAGUGCUUAACCUGGACUACGGACGGGCUUGGGAAAACGAGGCCAAGAGGCUGGUCAGUGAGAAGAAAUGGACGCUGUACGGCAGGUUGAUGGCCCCUGGCUUCUCCAACGUCGUCGAUGGUUUAGUCGACAUUUACCAAGUCAACUAACGCUAGUGUCUUUUGGACGUUUGUAAACCAUGGACAUUUUACUCAUGAUCUUUGUGAAUCCAAUGAACAUUUAUUUUCCUUGAAUACAUGUGAUGCUUUUGAAAGAGUAUCCGGUAAAACUCCAUUUUAGCGUAUUUUAUUCUCCAUUGCUUGUUUACCUCCAGUUGAGCGUAUUUUAUUAUAAUAACCGAAACACACCAAAACAUUAGGAAAACACGAUCAAAACAUUAGGAAAACA